CAGAUUACAAAAUGGUCUCCUUGUCCUCCCACUAAUCUCCAAAUCUACUUGGUUGUUUUCUAUUAAAUUAAUUCAUGAGUUCGUUCUUUCAGUAAUCCUCCGCUUUGACAAUGGUCUUCGCUCGACUGUUGAGAAAUCACAUCGCACUUGUCAUCCUUACCAGCUUGACUAGUGUCUCUAGCAGUACUUUAAGACUCAAUACCACAUCAGGCAUUCUGCAAGGCUUCUCUCCAUAUCCAGGCGUCGACGCUUUCUUCGGCAUUCCAUUCGCUCAGCCACCAGUAGGAGAUCUACGUUUUGCUCCUCCCGCUCCUUUCGAACCAAAGUCUCCAGAUGAGGUCCUAGACACCACACAGACCCCACCAACAUGCUACCAAAUCUCAUAUAUCACAUCUGCUUCCGAUAAGUACUCAGGCGUAUCAGAGGCCGAAGAUUGCCUCACAAUAAACCUCUGGAAGCCCUCGAAUGCAACUGGCAAUCUUCCAGUAAUCGCCUGGCUCUACGGCGGUGGCUUUAUAUCUGGUGGAAACUCUCUCGCACCAUAUGAUGCACGCCGCUUCGUAUCUGAGCAGAGAGACAUUAUCUUCGCCAGCAUUAACUACCGGGUAAACAUCUUUGGCUUCCCGAAUACACCAGCCCUUACGACAAAGAACAUCGGUCUGCUCGACCAACGUCUCGCUCUUGAAUGGCUGCGUACAAACAUCGCGUCCUUCGGCGGCGACCCAUCCCGCAUGACACUCAUGGGCCACUCGGCAGGCUCCAUCUCCGCAGCACUCCUAUCCUACGCACAUGUAGAGGACCCCAUCGUCAGCUCUCUAAUCGAGCUGAGUGGCCAGCCCGGCCUGAUCCCUUCGGACGACGGCUCAUCGUGGGAACACGUUGCCAACACCACAGGCUGUGCAAACACUGAGAAUAGACUCGCUGAGGUAGCAUGUUUACGUGCCCUGCCACCACGCUCGCUCAAGCGCGCCAUCACGCCCAAUAACACACCUACGAUCGCAGAGGGUGUUGCUGCGGGAGCGCCAGUCGUAGACAAUGUGACUGUGUUCGAUCCGUCGGAGAUUGCGCGACGUGGGCGUGAGGGCGCAUUUGCAAAGCUACCUCUCCUAGUAACGCACACAACGCACGAAUCUGACAGUAUCCUCCCGGCGGAUCCGGUGGUGGGAGUGAAUCAUACUCUCUCAGAUCUGAUCACGUUGACAGGUCAGCAUUGUCCGGUUGCAGCGGCGGCUGGGUACUGGGCUGCGCAGGGGGUGCCGACGUGGCGAUACUUGUUCGAUGGGGUGUUCGAUGCGACGAGACCCUACGAUUGGAUCCGCAGCUAUCAUGGAUCAGACAAUAAUCUAAUCUUUUCGGGAGAACAGCUUUUUGCUUGGGAGGAGCCGAGUAAGGAGGCACUGGAGGCCGGCAGGUAUCUGAGAGCGGCUAUUGCAGCAUUUGUGAGGGAUCCCGUGAAUGGGUUGGAGAGGUUUGGAUGGCCGAGGUAUACGGGUGAAGGAAAAACUCUCGUCCGGCUGUUUUCGAAUCAAACCGCAAGUGUGGAAUUUGAUGAUCCAACCGACUACGACGCUCCUUGUGCUCAGCUGCAAUCUUCAUAGAUUACGAAUGAUACUAUAUCGCUAACUAUCCAGGCCUAGCCCGGGAAAUCACUCAAGGUGGUAUUUCGUAUGAAAACUCGAUUAACAACCUCCACACACUUAGAAUCAAUGUAAGUCCUUCUGUUAUAAGAACAUUCUCACAGUUUACCAAAGAGGAAUAGUAGCGUCUGUACAUAGUCGUUUGGACAUUGUACAGAGGCUGCAAAGGUACAUCGAGAUCAGAUGUAUAGCUGUAUGAUAAACUUCUCACAACACGUCCUCUCAAAGGGCGUUCUACUUAAGUAUAUUCAUCAAAACGCGCCCUAUGGUCUAGUAAUUGAUCUAUCCAAUCU